AUGAUACGUCGUCCGCAAUAUAGGGCCAAAUGGUCUCGGAUGAAGCAGUUGAUGAUGGCAGUGCUGGUGCUGUGGUUGCUUCUUCUGCUCCUUGCUGAUUAUCGUCUCACACACCCACCAAAGCGUAUGGCUUCACCACCGCAUGAUGAUACAAUCCCAAGAGAUGAGAUUGUACCUAAUACUGUAAUCCCAAGAGAUGAGAUUGUACCUAAUACUGUAAUCCCAAGAGAUGAGAUUGUACCUAAUACUGUAAUCCCAAGCGAUGUGACUGUACCGCCAGAGUUCGUUGAGGCGCUGCAGGCGUUCGAGCAGAACCUCGCCGUCGUGGAUGGGCUGCAGGGAAAUCCCGAUCAGCCAACGCACGACUUCACAGACAUCAUCGAAGUCCCCGGCGCCGGAACGCCGCUCCCGCACGAUCCCACACGCACCGCAACCGCACGGGAGUGGGAGGCCUGCGACCAGCGCGACGCGGACUUCACCCCCGAGCGUGAUGCCCUCUGCCAGGCGUAUCUCAGCAAUCUUAACAAUAUGCGGUAUAUUAAGGCCAUGUCCUCACUACUAACACAGGGACGGACAAUCAAAUUCAAACUGCGCUACGCACACAACAAUAUUGAGGCCAUCGUAAAGGUUUCACAACAGAAAUUUUUCUUUGAGGCCACUAGUGAGUAUUUGGCAUUCGCUGUUGAUCGAGCACUAAAUUUUUCACGUAUACCAACAUCUGCCUUUGUGCCACUUCCAUUAGAUUACAUGAAGGUAGCUACAGCCUAUUCAGCGUUAUUUUCACAAUGGAUAGAACGUUUUGUUUUUCAAUACAACUACACAAAGCGUAAUUUUGUUCCUUGUAGCUAUCCAACAGAUAAUCAACCAAAAGUAUCCUUGUGUGCUCAUGUGACUAUACAACUUUGGAUGUAUGACGUUCACUCUGCUCUCACAACGUUCCUCGCUCUUCCAUAUGAAUUAGACAAUGCGUUUAUAGCGAAAUAUUAUACUCCUGGUCACAGACUUUGGCCACCGAAAAAUUCACGUCUUCGUGCUAUUGGUGAUGUACAUGAUCGUUCAAUUUUUGAUUUCCUUAUCGGCAAUACAGAUCGAGGAAUGAAUAAUCAUAAUAAUUUUGUAUACGGUGGAUGUAGUAAUAGGACGACAUGUAGACGACCUCCAAAGUCAGAACGUAUAAAAGGAUUAGCAAAAUAUGCUUUUAUUGAUCAUGGAAGCAGUUUUUACUCACAUAGGGAACCAAAAGAUAAUGCUUUUUUUGGAGAGAUAGACCGUAUACCUAUUUGUCGUUUCCGGCGGUCUACUUACACGACGAUGUCUAACUUUAGAGAAGCUGAUCCCUCUAAUCCUCAGUAUCCGCUUGUUAUGCAUAUACGCAAAAGUUUAUCACCUUUCAUAUUUCGUGUAACACAUCUCUCUGUCUUUCAAAAGAUACAAACACGUUUAGAAAAAAUUCUAAACAUUGUUGAGCGCUGUUUGCAGCGUCAUACUCCUUUGGAAGUGUUUAGCCUUCCAUCUCAUUGGGAGAUUUCAAUUCCUGAAGAACUAAUUGACGUUGAAAACCCUUCUACUCCAGAUAAUAGAGAUGAAGUGGAAAAUGCAGCUGAGGUGUAG